CUGCUGUUCCAGGAGACCAACCCGGGCGUGCGGUACCAGUACACCAUCCAGCGCCCCGCGGACAGCGAGAACGAGAUCGAGCAGGCGGAGUUCCUCUGGCGCUUCGGCUCCUGGGCCACGUGCACCGCCACGUGCGGGACUGGGGUGCAGCGGCAGAUCGUGCACUGCGUGGAGAAGCUGGCCGGCAUCGUGGAGGAGCGGUACUGCGACGCGCUCACCCGCCCUGAUGACCAGCAGAGGACGUGCAGCGAGGAGCCCUGCCCGGCCAGGUGGUGGGUCGGCGAAUGGCAGAAAUGCUCGGCCACCUGCGGCCGGUCGGGGCUGAUGAAGAGGACGGUGCUCUGCAUCCAGAGCGUGGGGCUGGACGAGCAGAGGGCCUUGCAGCAAGCAGACUGCCAGCACCUCUCCAAGCCAGACGCCACCGCGCCCUGUCACCGGGAGGUCCCCUGUCCCUCCCAGUGGGCCAUGGGGAACUGGUCCGAGUGCUCCGCAACGUGUGGAAAUGGGACACAGAGACGCCCUGUUUACUGCAGCAACAGCACUGGAGCCGCUUGUGACCCUGCAGAAAGACCCAGCUCGGAAACUAUUUGCUCCUUGCUGCAGUGCCAGGAGAAAUUAGACAACGCCAACACGGACUGGUCUGGCAGUGGGUCCUCCAGCAGAGAGAUAUUUAAUGAAAUACAUUACAUCCCCAGCAACCACAUUGCUAAAUUUAACCCCUUAAUUCCAAAUAUUCCAGAGUCCAGUGAUGUCAAUAUCAUUACUGAGGAGGACUUCUCAGCCAGAAAGGGAAAUGUCUUUGUUGACGAUUUUUACUAUGAUUAUAAUUUUAUCAACUUCCAUGAGGAUCUGUCUUACUAUCCCUUCACGGAGAAGGAGACCAAAGGCGAGGAGCAUAAGCCAGAGCUGAGCACCAACGACGUGGAGGGGUCCCAUGAGAUACCCGCUGAUGUCCUGCACACCAUCAAGGUGGGAGCAGGAGCAAGUGAGAACCAUCUGGUGACCAGCGAAGCAAACGCUUCUGCUCCCGUGCACGGCGAAGGAGAGACGGAGCCUGGGGGUUUAGCCACGAAUGACUUCCUGAGCGUGGUCCCUGAGGAUGUGGGGACAGCCGCUCCCGACCACACUAUCCCUCACCUCUCGGGUGAGGAGGAGAACGCAAUGCUUGCGCCCCGCUCCGAGGACCUCCUGCCCACCCAGAGCACCACGAGUCACGACUCUGCAAACAGCCACGACCACCUGCCCUCGGGUGAACCCCAAGGAGCCGGGCCGACGAGGCCCGGACCUGGGCAGGAUGCUCCAGCCGGCAGCCUCGCUCCCCGGGCUCCUUACCCAGCUGAUCCCUCCUCGCCGCUGCCCGCUGGUGCAGCCAACACGUCCAACAGCCUGGGAGAACCGGGGAGCACCGGGGAGGGGCACAUGAGCACAGAGGGGCCGGGUAACGCCGGCAGUGAGGAGCACGACAUGGCCGGCUCUUCAGGGAAAGGCCAUGAAGACUCAAGGGAAAUGGGUCUUGUCGUCACCGGUGAUGCUAACGGUGCUGCCCCCAAGACCCAGGAGCAGGAAGGGUGGGCAGAAAUGCUGGAGGGGACGGCGGGCACGCACGCAGUGCCGGGGGCCGACAUGCAAGCCAGGGUGGCAGAUCUUUCCUUCCCCACCCUGCAGGGACCGGG